UCUGUCGGCCAACAUGAAGGUGUGGACGUUUUUGUGGAAAUAAUGACACAGAUUAGAGUAUAUCUACGGGUACUAUGUAUGACAGACUUUGGUCUGGCUCCGAUCAUUAUGCCACUAAUUGUUUUAUAGCUGUGUACAAGCUACGCUAGCUAACGUUAGUUAUACUCAGCGAGCUAACGUCAACAAUUUAGCGUUAGCUAACGUUAGCUACCCCGGCUGACACCACCGGAUUCGCUGUUUGUGCUGUUAUGGAUGAUUUCCUGCUCGCCGUACAGCUCCAGGAGCAGUUUAACAGUGAAUACGAGACGUCAUUAUUUUCAUCAAACGGCUUUGAGGAUGAUGGCCUCGGACACAGCAGUAAGAAACGGAAGGUGGAGGUAGCUGGAGGCAGCAGGGAUGUCGUUCCCUACUGGAAGCCGGCUGUCCAGCCCGAGAGGCCGAUGUCCAUCGUGGACGAGUCCUGGGAGAUGCUGGACCCUAACCCCGAUGUCAGAGCCAUGUUUCUGGAGUUUAAUGACAUGUUCUUCUGGGGGAAACUCAGCGGUGUCGAGGUUAGGUGGAGCCCAAGAAUGACGCUGUGUGCAGGUGUGUGUUCCUAUGAGGGCCGAGGAGGACUGUGCUCAAUCAGACUCAGUGAGCCCCUGCUGAAGCUGAGACCAAGAAAAGACCUGGUGGAGACUCUCCUCCAUGAAAUGAUUCACGCGCUGCUGUUUGUGACCCAGAACAACAGAGACCGAGACGGCCACGGUCCUGAGUUCUGCAAACACAUGAACCGGAUCAACAAGGCCUGCGGGACGAAGAUUUCUAUCUACCACAGUUUCCACGAUGAGGUUGAUGUGUACCGGCAGCACUGGUGGAAAUGCAACGGCCCCUGCCAGAACCGCAAGCCCUACUUUGGCUAUGUGAAGAGGGCCAUGAACCGGGCUCCAUCUGCUCAGGACCCCUGGUGGGAGGACCACAAGAGGACGUGUGGAGGGAACUACACCAAAGUCAAGGAGCCGGAAGGAUACGGCAAAAAAGGCAAGAAGGAUGGUAAAAAAGACGUGAAGAGCUCAGAGAAGAAGGCUCCAGGAACUGGAAAACCUUCAGGUUCAGGAUCACAGGACAUAAGGAACAUUAUCCCGUUCAGUGGCAAAGGCUUCCUGCUGGGAGGGAAGUCACAGUCCUCGACGUCUUCCUCCACAUCUGACACGCCAGUAGUGCCUGCCUCGUCCAGCCUCCUCUUCUCUCCGGCCGACGGCCUCAGUCCUCCGGCUCGUUCGGGCCCGGAUCACAAAGGGACCUCGAGCACCUUUCCCUCCAUCAGACCAGCUACCUCCACGGGACAGAAGCCCCCUGUAAAGAGGUCUGUCAGUAACACAAGGGUCUUUGUCAGCAUCAACGGCUCGCCAGUGAGGAUCCCCAAAUCCUGCAGCGGCAGCAGCCAAGAGGCAAAAAAAAUCAAGCAGAGGUCCAUCGAAGACCUCUUCAGCAGCAGAAGCCCCCGGAAGUCAAUGAGUCAGUCCUCCACCUCGAACACAGGGACUGAAAGAGACUCACUGACAUCAGCAAACAGGACGAGUGCCUCCUCUUCUUCUUCCCUCUUUCCUAAACGAGACUCAGCUUCCUCCCCCAGAACUGUCGUUCCAUCAGGAACCAAAGGCAGCCCCGCUGAACCGUCACAGUCCAAGUACUUCAGUCACUCUGAUGGUGACGGUGCAACAAGGGCUGCUGGUGGGGGUCAGGCAUCGAGGAAGAGGCCGUGGGACGACCGCAGCAGCUCAGCCGCCAUCUUUUCCUUCUUCCAGAAGACGUCAGGCAGCAGUUCAGCAGCAUCGUCACCCGCAGUGCAGCAAAGACCUGCCACCACCUCCUCCUCGCCCUCCUCUACCUCCUCCCUGCAUUCCUCUGCAGAGCUGCACGGUGUGACCCCCUCCUCCUCCUCCUCCUCCUCCUCCUCCUCCUCUGCACUGAUGGUCAGCUGUCCCGUGUGCCAAGCGAAGGUGCAGGAGUCAAAGAUCAACGAGCAUCUGGACUCCUGCCUCUCCUGAACGAGGAGCAGCAGGGUGGAGGAGGGUGAGCAGUUAAACCAGCUGCCACGGGUGAGGAAGAGUUCCAGGCAGUUUGAAACGAUUGAAACCGUUUUAAUACCAGACUGGAUUGUUUUCUCUGAGCCUCUCAUGUCACCUCACUGUAUUAACGACAGUUCCUCUGACAGUUUGUGCCUUACUGCGCUAACAGAGCGGGGUUUUACAGAUUCACUGUUCACUGACUUUUACUUGAAUUCAUUAUGUCGUUUUUAUCAGCAAAACAAACAGAUUUCUGUCAGUUCUGUCUGUUGUUUGCUCCAAGUUUGUGUAUUUGGUGGAAUAGUAUGAUGUGAAAGCACACUAAUGGCUAAAAUCCUGAAGUUACUAUAGUAUGUGUGUGUGAAAAGGUUAUUUUUGGCUCCUCUGGGGACGGAUGGCUUCGCUCGUCGCUGUAGUUUGAUGCAUCGGCUGCAGCUGACCUCUGCUGAACUGCGGGAAUCAGGUUGCACUCUUACCAGCUAUUUAUUUCUGCAUGUCUUCACACUGACCCUGCGUCCAUCUGCAGGGUCACGCGGUGCAGGAGCGUCUGAUCACAGCAACAACACUGACGAACGUCACGUCAGAUCCACAGCAGAAGGACUGAGGACGCUUCAAAUGCUUUUGUUGGUUUUAUCUUCGAUUUUACUCGCACAACAUGAGAAGUUUAAAACUGUGCGUCCCACAUCUGUGUUGUUUGUUUUAAAGGAAAUCGUUCAAUAAGUUGAGCUUCUGUUAUAUAAUAAAACAUUU